AUGCCACCUGGGUCGUGGCACAACAUUCCCGCUUCUCUGCCAUCCGCAACGCAGCGUGUUUUCCAUCGUGCAAAUAUGCCUCACGGCUUGGUUUGGAUCGGCUUCUGCUCGUGUCAGGUUCAUGUAUUGACCGGGGACGUGACGGUGGACCUGGUCGGGCAAAGCACCUCGGAUGGGCAUGUGCGGAGACAGCUUGCAGCGAACCUCCACUUCGCUGGACAAGACACGGCUGAACAGGACACGGGUUACGAUUACAAGCCAAAGAAAAACAGCGUUGGCGAACACCUGCUCGAACUGGCAACCGUGGGGAGCGCGACGGACCUUCAAAUGGCGGGGCCGCCUGGAGAGCCAUGGCUGCUCCAGGCAACAUCCGAUUCGCAGGCUGAAGCCUUGGCCCGGCUCCACCGAUGCCCCAACUGGAGGGAGAGGAGGCAGAAGGGAGGAGGAGGAGGAGGAGGAGGAGGACGCGCGACGUUGGGGUCUGGGGAGGAGAGUGUGGCAGGAGUGUGA